CCGCCCCUCCCCCUUCGCCGACCGUUGCCUGUGAGGGAGGCGGCGGUUGGCCGAGGGCGAGCGCCGCGCUUGGGCCCGUCGCCAUGGCGACAGCGGGGCUGCGAGCCCACUCCGGAUCCGCGUCCGGCCGGGCUGGAGGCGUCCGGUCGGCCUCCCGCGUUCCUCCGCCUCUGGGGCGCCCCGAGGCGUAAAGGGCGACCGCAGCCCCUUUGUCUGAUGGGGCGGCAUCGCUGCGAGAUGGGGAGGGGGUGAGACGGCAGCGCCCGGAGCGGGGGAAACGUGCAGGUAACGGCAUUGAGGAAAUAGAGGUUAUUGCAGGAAAAUCCUGGAGGUCCGAGGCGGGAGCCGUCACCCGGUGCUCAGGAAGUUUUAACUUCGGACAGCGAAAAGCAGGUGCUUUCUGUCGCUUGUGAUAGCUCUCACCUGUAACGUCUCUGAGGUGUAGUGCAGAGGACGUGUCGUGCAUCGUGUCGGUGCUUUUGUUGUGCGAGAGCUCGGGCUAGAAGUGUGGCUUCAGAGUGCGAUGCAAAAGUCCUCCUUCUUCACAGCUUUUCUUCUGCCUUGCUAACUAACAUUUUCCUGUUGGGUGUGUUUCCAGUUUGAUUUCCUAAGGAAAGAAAUCUCGUGGACAUGCUUCAUCUAUUCCUUCUCCACCCUGCAAUGUUGGCUUAUUGUCCAAUUUCUAUUAAGUUUGCCAGUAAAGGAGAUUCAAGCCCUUAUUCCAUGGAAGCCAGCACCUCGCAAGUACAGAAGCUCAGGACUUGGGGUUGCAAUGAGGGUAGGGCACGUAGAAGGCAGUUCCCUGUGACAGCAGAAGGGACAGCACGCAUCUGCACACGCACAGCUGGGUGCAGCCACGCAGUGCCAUUGGUGUAGGGCUGUUGGUAAGGAAGAGGAGAAAGUGAGAAGGCAAAUAGAGAUGUGGGAACAUGUUGGAUCACUGACCAUAACCACACAGGGAAUCGCAUCUUUGCUUUUGCUUUAUUUUUAUUUUUCACAUAACAUCUUGGCUUUCUGUUAAAUGCAGCCAGACACACGUUUAUUAAAAAUAUUGAGCAAAGAUAACUUGAUGUUGUACAUUAAGCAUUCUGAAGUCAGGUAAUGUAAAGGCUUGCUUUGGAAGCAUGACUUCAGCUUUUUUUCUCUCCCUGUACAGCUCACUAGGGCAGUCUUAGUUACAUUGAUUGUAUUAUAUGGCACUAACAAACUGCACAGUGCUAUUUAUCAGACAUAAAUUACGUGCGGUAGUCAGACAAACAGGAAGGAAUAAAUUAUGGAUGAAUGGUUGUUGUUAUUAUGAGGUGUUAGAGGCUUAAUUCUGACUUUCAAUUAAUGCUGUAAUAAUGACCCAAAAGUAUAUUUUGGGAUGAAGUGCUCAUCAGUUUGUGGGAGCUAAACUUAGAAAAUGAUUUUGUUCCAAGCAUGGUUUUAAGAUGUGUCUAAAAUAACAUCAGCCGCAUGAAGUGGCUUGAGAAUAGAUAUAAAUGAUGAACUGUUUGGAUAUGAGUCCCUUAGAGAAGAUUUAACAGAGUGGAAGGAGAAAAAGUGGUGAAGCCUGGAAGAGUCUGAUAGCCGUAAGGGGGGGAUUAGGCUGUGGGUGCCAGGUGAUGGCUUUGCUGCUUCAAUCCCUGUUUUUCCAAGCAGUCUGUACAUGUAGGAGCUGAGCAGGGAUGGACUGAACUGACUGUCACCUGCAUGACAUUGUGAUAUGUUGCUGGCAUGUCCCUGCUGUGUGCAUUGUGGAGACACUAGCUGAACGUUAGCUUUAGUUUGAAAUUCAAAAGGCAACAUGAACAAGGUGUCAAAAAUUCAGUGUUGGUGUUCUGCUGACACUACUGGCCAACUUGCUCCAGCUUUCUGAUUCUGCCUCUUGGGUGAAUGUAGAGGGGUGUCUGACUUCUUUAGAGAGAGGAAUUAAAGAGCUCCUGUUACGUGUUGCAUAUUUGUUAGUUUUUUUUUCCAGUGUGCUGAAAUCAUAACAACACCUCAGGCUUCCAGGUAUAGAACAAAUUAAUCCCCAGAAUGAUUUGGAAUAGAGCUCCGUUCAAAUGCACUUUUGCUUUGCAAAGCAGGUUGGCGUGAGGUAUGUGGUACUGUAACCAGGCACAGCCAGUUUUUAGGUAAAUUAAUUAACGUGUGGAUUGAAGUUGGGUACUAAACUGGGUAGGAGUAAUAAACAAACACAUAUGGAGGGUGAGAGAAGGACAUGCUGGGUUUAACAACAACCAGUCCACAAGCGUUCAUGUCUUUAUAAUAACUGUUUAGAUCCGAGGUGCACUUAAAAAUAACCGUAAAUGACAUGUGCCUGUGGGGAGUUAGAAGUUGCAUUUGGCAUGAAGGAUCCUAAAUUAAGAAGAUAUUUAUUUUAAUAAGGCUGUUUGCAUCUUAAAUUGGAAAUGCAUUUAAUAGUUAACUUGUAAAUAUACCCACUGCACCACUUUGAAGGAUAGUAAGUAUUGCAUCACAGCCUUUCAGCUGAGAUUGUUCUCUGAGCUGCCCAGAGAGGUUGUGGAUGCCCCAUCCCUGGAGGUGAUCAUGGCCAAGUUGGAUGGAGCCCUGGGCAGCCUGGUCUGGUAUUAAAUGUGGAAGUUGGUGGCCCUGCCUGUGGUGGAGGAUUGGAACUCAACGAUCCUUGGCAUCCCUUCCAGCCCAAGCCAUUCUGUAAUUCCAUUAAGUAACAUAAAACUGAAUACUCCCCGUGAUUAUCAGAAUGGCAGUAGAAACAUGUGUCUAGCUGUGUGUACACGCAAGGAGUUCUUAUGAAAAUGAUUGUACAGCAUGUAUGUAGGCAUAACAUCUGACAACAUUAAUGUUUCUAAUAGUUCCGUAAUUCAUUGAGUUAGAACUCUCAGGCUUCUGAAGACGUAUUCUGCUUGUCUCCAGCUUUAAGGACCGCUCACUUGCAGUCACUUUGUAACUUGUAUCCUCCACUAGCAUUCUUCAUCUCGGUCGUGUUUACUCUUAUGCUCAAGUUCGGUCCCUUGGGAGCCCCUUCUCCUAUUCUGAAGGCCGUUGAUCAUAAUGUGAUUCUGGAAAGUUGAGUGAGAACAUCUCAGCUUGAACUGUUGAGCAGAAGGGUUCCUUUUUGCCUGACUGCAAUAAAACAUGUAGAGAUCGUAACUCCCUGGUUAAGAAACACUGUGCGUUGCCACACCUAUCUAAUGGUAGCCUAACUUGCUGGUUAGAAUGAAAGUCCAGCUUUUAUGUGUGUGCUUUGUAUAUCUGAAGUGUGCUUUGUUGCAACUUUUCAAAUGUGAAACUGUUGUCAUGCACUGAGUGAGCGCAAAAGUAAUCUGUGGUGUGUGCAGGAUGGACAGAUCUUGUGUAACUUGAGUUUGUUUCCUGUAUGAAGUGUUGUGGCAUUAACCUUCUGAGAUGAAUGGGGUACUUCAGCAACUGUGACACUUGAUAGCAAUCUUUUACAUCAGCCAAGCUGUAUGCCAUUGUGAUGCAGAUAGGAAGGUAGCAAACUGAAAAAUGUUCCUUGUUUUCUUUUAGCAAUUGCUUUUGUCAUCCUGUUACCUGUACUUGUACUUCUGUCGGGUUACUUGACCAAAAGGUGAUCAAUUCCACCUAAAAGCACACCUCAGUCAUGCUGGUAUUCUCAUACCAAAGUCAGUUCUUUGUGGGCCAUUCCUAGUGAGGGUGGAGAGAUCCAGGUUUGGGUCUGCUGGGUCAGAAGUCUAAGCACAGACUUCUCUGGUCCUGAGAUCUGGAAGUCAGUGGUGAGGAAGAUAGUUGAAAAUCUUGUUCUUUAGGCUGCUGGCUCUAUUAAGUCAGCAUAAAGGUAUGAGGGGAAAAGGAGAGUUCAACUUCAAAAAAUUGUAUUUCUUCAAUUAUCUGUAGUGUAAAGUGAAAAAAAUGUUGGCAAUUUGGGAUGCAUGCUGCAUCUGUAGUCUGUGAGAAGUGGUUGCCUUGUGGAACAGUUAUUUCAUGCCAGCUCUCACUCUUUGAUGUAAGUGAAUUCUGCACUGCUUUCACUCAUCAGUGAAGUUAGCUAGAAACUGAACAUAAGUCUUAGGUUAGAAUUAGAUUAGUCUUAAAUCCCGUUUCAUGUUUGAUUUCUGUUGGAGGAUCUUCAGUACUUAAGAGAUCCUGUUUAAAUAUUACGUACAUGCAGUAUAAAUGUUUGAUUCUUCUACAUAAGUCUCACUUGUUCUGCAUUCAGAGACUAGAGUCAUUUGAGAAGUCUAAGCGCUGCCAGUGAAGGUGGGGAGAGGCAACAUCACGUAAUUUUGGAAUAGUUAAGGCCUCCCUGCACAUCUUCCUAUUAUUGCUCUAAGGACAGUGUAUUGACUAAGAAAACCUAGUUUAGCAUGUUAGAGUGAAACUCGUUAACUCUGUCAGUAUCUGGCUUCUGAUGAAAAUAAUAAAGAAAAGCUAAUGUUUUUAUUUUAUUUUAUUUUAUUUUAUUUUAUUUUAUUUUAUUUUAUUUUUUUGUAAUAUACCAGGCUUGAACUAUUAGUUGUCUUUCAUAUCUCUGCAUUGCCUACAUCUCUCUGUAAUACUCUAAGUGACUUCAGAACAUAAACUCUCAGAAGUGUACAUAACUUUAAAAAAAUGAACUAUAAGCCUAUCCACUUAAAAGGGGAUAAACUAAUAUAUUCAAGCUAUCCUUUGCUGAAGAACACAGUGGAGAUCUCCUUCUCUUGGUUUCCUUUCAAGAUAUUGUUGCCAAGUCAGUCACAGGUGACAACUGCAAUGUGGUUUCAGACCAAUGUAGAGAAAGCAGAUGGAGGUAAAUCAUUUUUGAGAAGGCUUUUCUAAUGACGUAAGACUUGCGUAAUCGUGAUAUUGGUCUGUUUGUUGUUCUUGUCCUUUGCCUUUACUCAGUUCUUAUGAACCUCUGCAAAGUAAGAACUUGGAGGUCUGUUUUCAGCUUCUGUUCCACUAUUAGUGCUGAACUUCUACAGUGCCCUGUUUGCUUUCUCUGGUGCUUACAGGUCUGCUUAUCGCUGCAUAGCUUGUGUACAGUAAUCCCCCCCCAAGCUGAAUAACUAGUUCUUAAAGUUGUGGAAGUAUGGAGUUCUGGUUUCCUAUGGAUUUGGAUCUUGUGCCAUUUUAUAAACAGAAGGGGCAGCGGCUGUUUAUGAGGGUGGAUAGUGGUAGGACAAGGGGGAAUGGUUUUAAACGGAGACAGGAGGUUUAGGUUAGAUAUUAGGAGGAAGUUUUUCACACAGAGGGCGGUGACACACUGGAACCACCAGCUCCAGGUUGCCCAAGGAGGUUGUUCUUGGAGGACAUCCCUGGAGGCACUCAAGGCCAAGCUGGAUGUGGCUCUGGGCAGCCUGGUCUGCUGGUUGGUGAUCCUGCACAUAGCAGGGGGAUUGAAACCAGAUAAUCAUUGUGGUCCUUUUCAACCCAUUCUAUGAUUCUGUGAUUCUGAUAUAUAGCAUAUACUAAUUCUGAUUUUAAAUUUCUUCUUUAAGAUGUGCUUGUUAAGAAAGUGUCUGUGCUGCACACCUGUUCCCAAAUAUCUUUAACUGUACUUCUGUUAAAUCAAACUGAAAUAGUUUGCAGCUUUAUCCCUGCCAGCAAGAUACAAAACUGUCAGACAUCCAGAUCACAAGGUGAACCCCUUAUUUCUGAAACUAGAAAUUAGGCCCACUUUAUCUAGAAAAAAACCUGUGAAGAGUGAAGGAGAGAAAUAGCCUUCUUCCAUCCACUAAAGCCUUUUGUUAGCAGCCUGCAAUGAAAAUUCUGCUGCAGAACUGUGGGGGUUUUGUUCAUUUUUGUCAGGCAUAGGGUAGUGGAAUUUGUUUUUAAAGCUUAUUGCGGAUGAUAGUAGUGAAAGGACCAUUUCAGGAACACUGUGCUGACCUUUCCUGAAGGACGCGGCAGUACGCUGCCUCAACAGGUGCUUUGGAAGCACGUCCAGACAGCAGCAGAAGUACUGUUUCAUAGUGCCUUGCCUAUUUUUGCCCUGAAGAUUCAUUGGGAAGAAUCUUCUCACACGGAAAGAUCCCUGUAACCAAAUCUGACAAUGGAUUUCUUCUGCAUGUUGUAAGGGAGCUUUGUAGUUGAGACAGGAAGCGCAACUGUUUAGGUCUUAAGAUCACAUGUUCAAUUCUUUGUGUCGUAUUUCUCAAACCUCAACCUGUAAAAGGUUUAAGAACUUUGUUGUGUAAUCCGUUGUAGUUAAUGCUCAUCUGUUAAGAUGUAUUAAAAAAGUUUAAACUCUCCUGCACAUUUCUGUUCUUGGGUAUUUUGCAUUACUUGUUUGUUAGAGCGCUUGCGUGUCCAGUACAGCUGUAAGAGAACAUUCUUAUGGCUAACUUGAUACUUCCUUAAGAUCUCACACAGUUUUAUAAACAGACUACAUGAGGAUCGUUUAUGGGUACACGACAGAUAAGAGCUUAGAUUAAAACCUAAAAAUGAAGUGAGCAAUAGCAUUCUGGAUGCUGUAAGCCAGAAUGUUUUUGUUUUGAUUUUACAUUGAUUAUGCAACCCUGUGACAAAUCAAGAGAUUUCAUUUGGAGGUAAGGGUGUAUUAUAAAGCAGAAUUAGGUUAGCUGUUGCUGACUCUGUAACUUCUAAUUUAUUCCACCAGUCCUUGGUGUUUCAGACAGAGCUUUCCUGCGUAAGGCAUCCUCAAUUAUAAAUAAUCAUCUGGGUUCCAGGAGUCAGAGACCAUGAAGACUUAAGUUACAGCUUCUUCAGGAAGAAAUCACUUGUUGUUUAGGCAGCAUGCUGCCAAAAAGAGUUGGCUCACCACUAGAUGCUGUUACCUAGCAGUAGAAAUGUGCUCACAACCUGUACGUGGCACUUGUGUUAGCUACUGCAGGUAGAAGUCCUGUCACAGAAGGAAGUUGUCCACAAGCUACUUGGCACCCACUUAGCCUUGCCCACCAAAGCAGAGUCUUGGAUAGCUUUGUUGAAUGUGACAUAAUUAGAUGUGUCUUCAAUUUGAAACUAAUCUGUUUUGGAACGCACAGUAGAUCACUGAAAACCAUGGAAAUGAGCACUGUCUUGCAACUUAGAGAAAUGCCUUCUCCUUUCUUGCUUCCUUUAUGAAAUUGUUACAUGGUGACUUGUGCAUCUUAACAAAGUGUCCACAGAGCGCAGCGUCUUGAGACUUUCCAUGGUCAUCAUUUUUUUUUCUUCUUUUUUCUGAUUUCCCAAAUAAGAACUCUAGUCCCCUUAUUUUGAUCUAAAAUGGCUGAAGACCAUCUUUAGGAUGACAUCUCUGGUCUUUGUCAUUUUUAGCUUGUAUACCAAUUGUGUCAUUUUUGUUCUUUAUCCUCAAAUGCCUGUUUCCAUAUAACAGUUCCCCUAGAUCAUGGGAUACAGUUUGUGUAGGCAUUUUCUUUGCUAGCACUGCAUGUCGUUUUGGUCUGUCCAUAGUUCUGUGAUCAUCCACACAGUGGGUGGGGGGUGGUAGCAGCUCACAGCUACGUGCAGAGGUCCAGAGAUGCCUCUGCAGCUUUGAGAACAUCAGCAGCAGGUAAGGGGCUUUGUUCAGUAGAGUGAUAUUCCUGUCUUUAUGCCUCCUCUAAGGUUUAAGUGAAUGAGAUACUAAACUUGUAGACUAAAGGGACAGCAGUGCCAGAGCAAGAGUAAUGACAAAUAAACUAAGAACUUCUUCAGAAUUUUCGUAAGCAAAUCUGGUCAGGAUUCUUCUGAGGAAUGCUCUCUCGAACCCAUGUGUUAGUCAACAGUCAUGAGCAACUGUGACUUUAUUAUGAAAAUUAUAAACAAAAAUGAAUUUGAUGGCACACCACUUGCAUGAUAAGCUUGCUUCUUCCUGCAAUAUUGUUUAAAAAAAAAAAAUAAAAUGAGAGAGAGAGAGGGAGAGGGCAAGGAGAGAAAGGGGGAGAAAGCUUGCUUUCCAGUUCUCUUACGUGAUCUUAUAUAAUAGCCUUAGUGAAACUUAAUUGCUUUAAGUCAGUGGGAGGAAAAAUAGUCUUUGAAUUUAGAUAGUACAAACAAAAGAAGUAAGAAGUUGUAAAAGCAGUGAAGCUUUUAUCCCCAUCUGUUGUUGCUGUCAGACACUAUACAACCCACUUAAUUUUUUAUAGCACGCUGUAGUUUAUUGGCAUUGGUUUGCUGUCACUAACUCUUGCAGAAGCUCACAGAGCAGCCUCGUUGCUGUAGGAAGCAAUCAGCUGGUAUGGAUUGGGAAUGUGUAUUCUGUGAAAAGUCAAGAUAACUCUUGCCUGCCCUUCAAUCCCUCGUACACCUUCCUUGAUUUAAUAAACAAAGAAAUAAAGAGUAAACAAGCACAUGUGGUGAUCUGGCUCACCUGAACUAGUCAGCCAGCAGGAAUAUGCUGAUCUUAGAGGAGCAUCUGUUCACUCACCGUCACUGUCAGUGCUGGCCUUACUCAUUCUUCUCUGCCCGUGCUCAAUUUUUAUAAACAUCUGGGAAUGUCAUGUCUUCGAGGGACUUUGCUUAGGUUCAUCAUUGGGCCCAGUUGUCAUGAGUGUGUGGAAGAGUAGACACAAUGUAGUAAGAAGAAAACAUUGGAUUCCUCAGAAUGAAACUAAAAAAUACCAAGGGGAUUUUCACUGCCUUGAGUAGGGCCAUUUCUCCCUCUGUUUUCCUAUCCAGUAGUCUUAACAGGUUACUUUUAUAAGCAAAAGUAGUUGGUAUGUUGGUAACAAUUGCAAAGAUAGAGUUUCAAGUUUCAUUUCUUGCUGUCGUUUUGUUAGCUAACUGCAAAAUGGCAAUAGAAGUGUCUCAAGGGGGGGAUAAAGCAAAGGCAGUGAUGAUUUUUAUCUCAGGGGUGCCUUGCUUGUGAUUAAAAGCUUGAAUUAAGUCUCUGGUUGAAGCUAGCCUUGUUGUAAAAACAUACAUUGAAGACUGGAACAGAGCAUUCCAAGAGUAAGUAUAUAAGAAUAAAGAGAACUGUGGCUUGCAGGAAGAGAGAGCAUUUGUGUAGAAGUUACCUAUGCCUUGGAAUUGAUCUUAUCCAUAAAUCAUGACUGAAAGUGCAUGAAACUAAUAAGAGCUGUGCAACCAUAGCACUGAUUAAAUUACACUGAACUUAAAUCUCCUGAAGAGAAAGAAUUUAAUUUCUGGGGAUGACACUGCAUUUAAACUAAAAUCAGUAUUUCAAGCUGACAUUGUGACAGCUAUAAACUAUGUAAAACUUGAGAAUAAAUAACCCUAAAUGGCCAAUUGCAUCCUUGAUCUGUCUGAAGAAUUAAGGAUUUGCAGCAUUAUUGCUGCAGAAAUUAUUCAGCUGGGUCGAGUGAACGUAUUGCAUGAGUGAACUUAAAAUGUAUUUGCCCCUGAGCUUAUAGAGCAAAUACUUGUCUUCUGCUGCAGCAAAUCAGAAAAUGAAUCUCUCCUGAAAGUAUCACUUAAUAUAAAAUAAAUAGUAAAGAAAUGAAGCACUGGUGGGGCAAUGGCUGCUAGGAAGAAAAGAGGAUAAACAUUAUUUAGCAGUCCACAAAAGUUUCUCCCUGGGCAGCUUUUUAAAAUUUUUGGACCCUGUGUGUUCAGGAGCUCUUUCAGAUACCACCUCCCUACCAUUGCAUGCUCUGUUUUGAGGUUUAUCAAAUAAAAUGCAAAGGUUUUUGCCCCAUCCCUGGAGGCAUUCAAGGCCAGGCUGGAUGUGGCUCUGGGCAGCCUGGUCUGAUGGUUGGCGACCCUGCACACAGCAAUGGCAUUGGAACUUGAUGAUCAUUGUGGUCCUUUUCAACCCAUUCUAUAUGCUUAUGUGCUUACAGAAUAAGAAUAGGAAAAAAAUCUUCAGUUCCCCAUCUUUCUCAAGUUACAAUUUUGAAGUAGGUACUCAAGCGUUGUAUAUAAGAGCUAUUUAAUACACUUAACUGCUUCUUUUUUUAGGAGAAAAUUGGAGUUUGAAAUAAACUAACUGCUCAAUUAGCUAAUGGACAUGGUCCUGUUUGUUCUUACCACCCCUACAGGACUGUUUUGAAAUGUUGUUUGAAUUGUAUGAACUUCAAUGAACUUCUGGCUUGAAAUAAUCUCCCAGUAAAGCGAAAAUAAAAUAAUAUUAACCAUACAUUUGCACCCUGUUUCUUCUGCAGGAAGAGGGCUGUGAAUCCCAGCAGAACGGAAGCAUAUGAAAUGCAAACUUCAUUGUUUACAUGUGACAGUUAGGGAGGCUGGCACUCAAUGUGGUGGCAUUUGGCAGGGAACAGCAUCCCUUGGAAGAAACCUGCUGACUGGAAAAGAGUUUGGCUGUACCUCCUCCCAUUAAAUAAAACCCAACAAAUUUAUGUUCUAUUUUUCCUUUUUACUUUCUUAAAAUAGUUGAGUUUAUAAUUGUGUUUUUUUUUUUUUUAACUGAGGAAAUGGAAACCAGUUCUUCACAGACAGCAGAGGUUCACAAGGCAUCGAUGCAGGUGUACUUCAUUUUUAAUGGCCACAUGACCAGUCUAUCUACAGAAAGGUUCUCUUCUCUGAAACCAUGCCAGAGAUGACAGAAAAUGAGACACCUACUAAGAAGCAACAUCGAAAGAAAAAUCGGGAGACGCACAAUGCAGUGGAGAGGCAUCGAAAGAAAAAGAUUAAUGCUGGGAUAAACAGAAUUGGAGAACUCAUUCCCUGCUCUCCAGCACUUAAGCAGAGCAAGAACAUGAUCCUGGAUCAGGCCUUUAAGUACAUAACAGAAAUGAAAAGACAGAAUGAUGAGCUUCUGUUAAAUGGAGGGAACAAUGAACAGGCUGAAGAGAUAAAAAAACUGCGGAAACAACUGGAUGAACUCCAAAAGGAAAAUGGGAGAUACAUCGAACUUCUGAAAGCCAAUGAUAUUUGCCUGUAUGAUGAUCCUACGAUCCACUGGAAGGGGAAUCUCAAAAAUGCAAAGGUCUCAGUUGUUAUUCCUAGUGAUCAAGUUCAAAAGAACAUUAUCGUCUAUUCAAAUGGGAGUCAACCCAGCGGAAAUAACCAGGGAGCAUCUGUCCAGGGAAUAACGUUUAAUGUUGGUCAUAAUUUACAAAAGCAAACAGCCAAUGUUGUUCCAGUCCAGAGAACUUGCAACCUAGUGACUCCUGUGACCAUUUCUGGUAUUUACCCUGCAGAAAACAAACCACGGUCUCAGAGUACAGUUUCUCCACUGGCACCCACUCAGGUGGUUCCAGCAGGGAACGCUGUUGAACUUUCCAUCACAGAAAAUGAGCAAGGUGUGCUCGCUGCUACCAGCUCACAGAACGCUUCUCAAUCCGGAACAGAACAGGGCCUACAGUGUUCUUCAGGUAACGCACUGCAGAAUGGUCAAAGUCUCCCCAAAAGUAAAAAUGAUGAAGGUGGCUCGAAGUCAACAAAGAAAACAGUCGUGCAGGGAAUCAGCCUUCCUUCCAGUGCCUCCAUGGAAGCUGAGAAAGUUCAACACGUAAAUGCAACCAGCUCAAAAACACCUAAUUCUAGGAACGAAUUUCAGGAAAGCUCUGUAAUUUCAACUACUGGCACAGCUGUUGUGCCAUCUGUGAGACUGUCUGCUGCAGAUAGUUUUUCCUCUGUAAAUGUUCUCAAAAGUACAAACUUAAUAAGUAGUGCUGACAUGCCCGUGACUUCUGCAGCAGAAGGAAUGAAGGCUGUAACUGUAAUAAGCACUCUGCCUGCCAGUCCCCUGGAGAACUGCUGGUCUUUUUCAGGCUCUACAGGUGUUGUCCCGUCAGACUUGAAAAAUAUGAGUAGCCUUACACGGAUGCCUUCAGCUGGAAACACACAGACCACAUGGACAACUUUGCAGCUAGCAGGAAAUACUGUCCAGCCACUAAGCCAAACACCAUCCAGUAUAAUGACCGCGCUGCUAAGUGAGCCAGUUAACGGGGCUAGUACCGUAUCUCCUGCUCACAGCAGACCUUUGACAACGAGCAUUAGUUUGAAUACUUCUCUGCCUAUAGAUGGGCAGGCAGCUGAACAGAUUGUAGUUACCUUGCCCUCAUGCCCAUCCCUACCUAUGCAGCCAUUAAUCAGCCAACCACAGGUUAAAACUCAGGCUGCAGGAAGUAUCCUUCCAUUAAAUUCAACUAUGCAGGUAAUUCAGAUGGCUCAGCCGGUUGCGUCAGCUGUGACAGGAGCACCAGCGAACCAGAAUGUCAUCAUUCUCCAGCCUCCAAACACUGCUCCGUGUCCUCCAAUUGUCAGAGCAGAAGUUCCUAGCCAGAAUGUCAGUCAACAAAUUGUAAUUAUUCAAGCUGCUAGUCAGAAUCCUCUUCCUCUCCUCUCUGCCCAGCCUUCUGCUUCUCUGAGAGUUCCUGUGAAUGGGCCUGUGGCAGUUGCAAACUCCAACAACUCUGUACAAAAUGCCCAUCUUCCACAGACUUUUGGAGGAAAACACCUUGUCCAUAUAUUACCAAGGCCAUCAUCUUUGCCAACUUCUAGCUCUACACAAACAUUUUCAGUUACAAUGUCAAAUCAACAGCAUCCCCAAACAAUCUCAUUAAAUGGGCAGCUUUUUGCAUUGCAGCCUGUCAUGUCUUCAUCCGGAGCUUCAAAUCAAGCCCCUAUGCAAAUUAUUCAACCCACCACUAGCGAAGAUCCAAAUACCAAUGUUGCUCUCAAUACAUUUGGUGCUUUAGCUAACCUCAAUCAGAGCAUAUCACAAAUGGCUGGACAAAGCUGCUUACACUUGUCUCUCAGCCACCCUACCAAUCCCACAACUGUCCAUAAUCAGAUUACCACAGUUAACUGUGUGUCAUUACCAGCUUCAGUGCCCCCCUCAGUGCCUCUGGACGGUUCAGUGUUAACUAGUGCAUCUAAUUCAACAAAUGUUUCCCCCAAAAAAGCUGCUGCUGGUUUUCUGUCUAAUACAAAAUCAAAAAGGACAAACAAAAAGCAGAGUACAAAAAAACACCUAGCUACCAACGUUAAAGUUUCCUGUGCAGCAGUUCCUUGUACAGAUGCAGGUAAGACAGACGGUGCUCCUGUAGAAGCUGUGGCAAAACAUUCAAAGGGUGAGGAGUUGCCUGAGAACAUUCCAGCAGUGUCACAAGCUUUAGCCACGGUGCAGGUGACCGGUGCAAGUAUUUCUCCUUCCAAAGAAGCUGAGUGCUCAGAGCAAACAGUGGGCUCCUGCCCUGCACCAGAGACAACUUUGGCAGAGCUGCCGGCCCCCUUGCCGUUGCAGCUUGCGGUGUCCGAACGGUUGGCACUGGUCCCACCAACUGCCAGGGAUGCUGCUCCUCUCCUGCCAGUGCGUCAGUCUCAGAGCAACCCGCUGACCAGCUCAGCCUCAUCAGAGUCUUCCUCCCGCUGUGAGCCCUCUGGCACCUUAACACCCUCUGAAACUGAAGCACAUGGGACAAGUUCUCAGGUUUCUGGGGCAUCAACAGUGGAGAGCAGCACGGCAGGUCAGACUUCCACUGCAGGAACAACUUCAGAAUCCUGCAACGUUCCGCAGGGUUCUUCAGUUGUCAUGCAAGAUGUGGACUUGUUGGAAGGGCAAGGUCUGACCAAAAUGCUGUCUGAUCUCACAAAAGAAAGAACAGUUGUGGAAAAAAGCUCUUCUUUUGCUGUUCAAGGGGAGCAUUCUAAUUUUCCCAUGGAAAACUCUAAAUCAGUGGAAUCAAAUGUUGAUUUGCCUGAGAAGCAGGAACUCUUGUUAAUGAACACAGGUGAUGCACUCUCCCAGCACCACACCUGCGUUUCUGAUCAGGAAGUAGUUAGUGCUGCCCUCAUUGCCAGCAGGCAGGCAGACUCCCCGAUGUCAACCAGUUCUGGUAGCAGCCGGGGCUUCUCUGUGGCAUCAAUGUUACCAGAUACCACCAGAGAAGAUGUUACUAGCAACACGUCAACCAGUACGUGCAACAACUGCACAUUUUCAGAACAACCUGACAUAGUUGCUCUUGCAGCGAGAGCUAUUUUUGACCAGGAAAGCCUUGAGAAAAGUGGAGGAGGAAUGCAAGUUAACAUGAGGGAUGCCGUAUCUAAGACAACUGAGGUUGCAACUCUGGAGAGAGAGCAACAGACUUUUAAAACUCUACCAGUGAAAGAAAGCAGUGCAGGGCCAUUAGAAACAGCGCCAAACAAAUUCAGUGCCCAGGAUACAGUACAAACAAAUGUUGGUAGGCAAGUUGAAAAACCAAGCUGUUCUGUAGGAGGUGUGGAAACCUCCAACUCUUCUUUGCAGAUUUCAGCUUCCCAGUCACCGAGCAUAACCAGUUUAAGUGUGAAUAACCUGAUACACCAGAGCCGCAUCGUCCAUCCCCUCGUGAGUUGCUCAAGUUUAUCCCAGCCUUCAGAGCCAGCAGGCGUUCCUGCAACUGUGGGUCUCUCUCUUCCAUCUGGUUCAUAUGUCAACCCAUCUCCAAGACCAGCUAUGAUGAGUGAGUAUGCUCAGGAACAACUGAACGCUAUUAGGGCAAACUCCAUGCAAGCUCCUCAGCUGCAGGAAUCACGAUUAAAGCAGCAAAACCACGAAGGUCGCAAGGACUCUGCCAAGCGGGCUGUUCAGGAUGACCUUCUGCUUUCUACAGCAAAGAGACAAAAGCAGUGUCAGACAGCACCUCUAAGGCUUGAAGGGAUGGCACUGAUGAAUCGAACACCAGAGAGUAUUGCUGAUCAAACACAGAUGCUGGUCAGUCAGAUGCCUUCUAAUUCAUCGAGUUCGGUGGCAUCCUUGAGCAAUCAGGGGCACACAGAUGGCCUCAAUAGGCUAUUCCCAUCAAACAGCAACUUUGUAACACCGGCUUUGAGACAAACUGAAGUUCAGUGUAACUCCCAGCCAUCAAUUUCAGAGCAGCAAGGCACAGGAGGGCAGCAUUUGCAGCCAAUUCAGCAUGUUCCCGCUCAAGGCAUAUCUCACCUUCACAAUAAUCAUCCCUACUUAAAGCAGCAGCAGGCUGGACAAUUAAGAGAAAGGCAUCACUUGUAUCAGCUGCAGCACCAUGUCACUCAUGGGGAAAGCUCAGUCCACUCACAACCCCACGGCGUCCAUCAGCAGCGAACAAUACAGCAGGAAGUGCAAAUGCAAAAGAAAAGGAAUCUCAUCCAGGGAACCCAAGCCCCGCAACUUUCUUUACAGCAGAAACACCAUGGAAGUGAUCAGACACGGCAGAAAGGCGGUCAGCCUCAUCCUCACCACCAGCAAAUGCAGCAGCAGAUGCAGCAGCACUUUGGAGCUUCCCAGCCUGAAAAGAACUGUGAAAAUCCUGCAACAAGCAGAAACCAUCAUAACCACCCUCAGAGCCAUAUAAAUCAGGACAUUAUGCAUCAACAGCAGCAAGAUGUCAGCAGCAGGCAGCAAGGUUCAGCUUCUGAGCAUGUAUCAGGGCACAAUCCCAUGCAGAGGCUGAUGACCUCCAGGGGUUUAGAGCCGCAAAUGGUAUCGCAGGCAAGUAUUGUAACCAGGCCGUCAGACAUGACCUGCACCCCUCAUAGGCAGGAGAGAAACAGAGUUUCCAGCUACUCUGCUGAGGCACUUAUUGGGAAGACACCCUCUAAUUCAGAGCAGAGAAUAGGAAUCUCUCUUCAAGGCCCUAGAGUAUCUGACCAGCUUGAAAUGAGGAGCUAUAUUGAUGUUUCUAGAAAUAAAGGGUUGGUUAUUCACAAUAUGCAGGGCCGUAUAUCCAUUGAUCAUACGGUUGGCUCAGAUGUACAACGGCUUUCUGAUUGCCAGACGUUUAAGCCAGCAGGACCCAACCAACAACCUGCAGGCAAUUUUGAUGUGCAGGCCUCAAGAAACAGUGAAAUUGGUAAUUCUGUGUCGUCCCUCCGGGGCAUGCAAUCACAAGCUUUUCGAAUUGGUCAGAAUACUGGGCCACCCGUAGAAAGGCAGAAGAGAUUGCCUUACCAGCCAGUACAAGGUAUUCCAACAGGAAAUUCCCUUCCAUCAAGGGAAAAUGAAAAUACAUGCCACCAAAGUUUUAUGCAGAGUUUACUUGCCCCUAACCUUGGCGAUCAAGUCAGUGGAAGCCAGCGAUCGAUCCCAGAACAUCCAAGGAAUACACAGUGUGGUGCAUCGUCCACGAUUGAGUACAGCUGUCCCCCAGCCCGGGAGAGUGUCCACAUCCGGAGAGAUGGCGAUGCUCAGAACAGGGAAAGCUGUGACAUGUCCAUCAGUACAAUUAACACCAGGAACAGCUCUUUAACUAUUCCCUUCUCAACUUCAUCUUCCUCGGGAGAUAUUCAGGGUCGAAAUACAAGCCCAAACAUUUCUGUACAAAAGUCCAAUCCCAUGAGGAUGACAGACAGUCACGGAACGAAGAGCCACAUGAAUACACCUGUCUCCAGCAACAUGCACGGGGUUGUGAGGCCAACUCACCCUCACCCUGCAGUUUCUCAUGGAAAUGGUGAACAAGGGCAGCCUUCUGUUCGUCAGCCCAAUUCUUCAGUUACUCAGCGCUCGAGGCAUCCUCUACAAGAUAACAACGGCUCUAAAAUACGGCAGCCUGAAAGGAAUCGAUCCGGAAAUCAAAGGCACGGGAAUGUCUUUGACCCUAGUCUUCCCCACCUGCCCCUGUCUACCAGCAGCAGUAUGAUCCUUGGGCGCCAGCAGUCUGCUAUAGAAAAGAGAGGAAGUAUUGUCCGCUUCAUGUCUGAUGGCCCUCAAGUGUCCAAUGACAACGCAGCCUCUGACCAACAUACACUUUCUCAGAACUUUGGAUUCCCUUUUAUCCCAGAGGGUGGCAUGAAUCCACCCAUAAAUGCCAACACGUCCUUCAUUCCCCCUGUUACUCAGCCUAGUGCCACUCGAACACCAGCCCUAAUCCCCGUCGAUCCCCAAAAUACGCUGCCAUCCUUCUACCCGCCUUACUCUCCUGCCCACCCCACUCUUUCCAAUGACAUUUCUAUCCCUUACUUUCCCAACCAAAUGUUUCCUAAUCCGAGCACAGAGAAGCCGAGCAGUGGAGGUUUGAACAAUCGAUUUGGAUCUAUCUUGUCUCCUCCCCGGCCUGUUGGUUUUGCCCAGCCAAGUUUUCCUUUGCUUCCGGAUAUGCCACCCAUGCACAUGACCAAUACGUCACACUUAUCCAAUUUUAACUUGACGUCUUUGUUUCCGGAAAUAGCCACUGCUCUUCCUCCAGAUGGUUCAGCAAUGUCACCUUUGCUUUCCAUUGCAAACACGUCUGCUUCCGAUUCUUCCAAGCAGCCCUCAAACCGACCUGCCCACAAUAUAAGCCAUAUUCUAGGUCAUGACUGUAGUUCAGCUGUAUGAAGACUGACAGACUGACUUCUAGUCUGAUGAGUUGUUUCUGUAUUUAAGAAAAAGAAAGUGGAUCUUACCGGCAUCCCUGAAGAGACCAGUCGUAUCAUCACUGUUUAUUUGCCUAAAUGUAUGUAUAUGGGUAUCUUCUAUAUCUAUAUACACACCUUUCUAUCCACCUUACUAACUUUAAAGCACCAGUGCCUAUAGCAAUGCUUACUUGCAAAUAAACGGUAAGAAUGCAACUUCAGAGCUGUGCAAAUACUGAUUGUUGAUUUUACAACAAUCAAGCCUGAUGUCUGAUUGCCACUCUCAGUAGUACUUGGAUGUAAAGAAAGAGGUGGGAAUAUCCAAACAGGACACAGGAAAACAAGUGCUACAGGUUUCAUUUUACUUACAAUGUGUUUACCUGAGACUAAAGGUGAACUUCAAGUGGCUUAGGUUUUUCUUUUUCCUUUGUAAAAUAUUUUGGGAGCCUCAUAAGAAGACAGGUCUCUGCUAAUCUGGUGUUAAUUGAUAAAGGCAUUUGUUGUGCAGCUUUUGUCUGUUUGAAGCUUGUUGCAUCCACUUGAGUUAAGGCUAACUUGAUCUGGCAAAAAUCGCCAUGUGUUUCCAUGGCCAGAAAUUAAAAAUACUGUUCCAGAAAAUUGAAAUUUCUUUCAUGCGUGACUUUCUAUUUCAAAGAAGAAUUUGUUUAGAUCUCGUUUAAUGAUGGCGUCUGUUGCUGCUGAACUUGGCCAACAUUUUAAUGUAACUUAGUACUCCUACUGGAGUACUGUGGGGACAGCAGUCCUGUUUGUUGCCAUUUCAUUGCUCAUAUGCUGCAAGUUACCUCAGGGUGGUUUUGUACCUUGUUUAGCACCUUCUUAAUGUCUUCUGUGUUGUUUUCCUCCCCCCCUUCCCCCCUCUCCUUUUCUUUGGCCCAUGCUCAGCCACCAGCUUACUGGUUUCUGUGAGUGACAGCCCCCUGUUGUAAUGGUCAGCACACGGGAGCAGCACUGAGCCCAUGGCAUCCCACAGAAUCCAUGGGGAUCGUGGGCACGCUGUCUGCUUACUGUUGCUGGCAGCAUUGGGGCCUAAUAUAAUAUCAGUACUUUGCACUUGAAUGCACCUUUUGUCUAAGCCCAUGUGGUUGUGGGUGAAGGGAGAAUGUGAAUGUGUCAAGAUUGAAAAGUUGUAUGCCAGGAAGAUGUGAUGUGAGCAUCACAAGGAAGGGGGACUUUCUGUGUGUGUGAGGGACAGAGCAUGUGUGUGUACAAGCUGAGACCCCAGUAUGCUUUCACAGAUUUUGAUCCCAUUUCUUUUAAAGGAAAGGGAAGAACUGGGUAACUUAUUUAUUUAAUGGCUCUGUGGUGUGAUUUUUUUUUUUGACAGAAAUGUCUUUUAUUUUAAGUUCUUGGAAAUACCAUUCCAGAUCACAUUUCCAAAUAACAGUAAGCAAUCCUCCUGUACCCAGCUGACGUGCAGGGGAGUGUAAGCUCCAAAAGCUUUGGUAUCUCUACGUCACACUAGCGCUCCUGGGACCUCUGAUAGCUUCAUUCCCAGUGUCCCUGUUGUGUGAGAUGUGGCAGGGGCAGGUUCCCUGUUUUGUUUUUGUUUGUUUCUUUGCUUGUUUUUUGGGUAAUUGUUUUACUUUGUUUUCCUGAAGGGCAGAAAGGAAGGCACUUCAUCUUGAAUCACAGACUCAUAGAAUUGCUCAGGUUGGAAAAGACCUUAAAGAUCACCAAGUCCAACCACAGCCUAACCAUACUACCCUAACUCUAACAACCCAUGGCUAAAUGAUGUCUCUGAGCACCACAUCCAAGUGGUUUUUAAACACAUCCAGGGACGGUGACUCAACCACCUCCUGGGGGAGCCUAUUCCAGUGUUUAACAACCCUUUCUGUAAAGGAGUUUUUCCUGAUAUCCAAACUAAAUCUUCCCUGGUGCAACUUAAGGCCAUUUCCCCUCAUCCUGUCACCUGUCACCAGUGAGAAGAGACCAACCCCACUCUCAGAUAUUGGAAGAGAGCAAUAACGUCUCCCCUCAGCCUCCUGUUCCCCAGACUAAACAGCCCCAGUUCCUUCGGUCUCUCCUUGUAGAACAUAUUCUCCAAGCCCUUCACAAGCCUUGUUGCUGUUCUUUGGACCUGCUCCAGCAUCUCCAUGUCCUUUCUGUACUGAGGUGCCCCAAACUGAACACAGUACUCGAGGUGAGGCCUCACCAGUGCUGAGUACAGCACAGGAUUACUUCCCUAGUCCUGCUCACCACUCCAUUCCUGAUACAAGCCAGGCUGCCAUUGGCCUUCUUGGCCACCUGGUCAUACUGCUGGUUCAUAUUCAAUACUCAUAAUACUCAUAUUGAAGAAUAGGAGGCCCAAAGAGGUAGCUGAAAGUUUAUUCAUAGCUGGACUGCCGAGGCCCCAUUUUUGCCAAGUCCUUUUUUUUUUUU